GCGUGUGUAGACGCAUGUGGUGCACGGGGGUGUCCGGGCACACAUGCACCGUAGGCGUGAGUGUAAGAAGGUGUUGUUGGCGAGCUGCACGAGGCGAUCCGUGAACCUGUGCGUGGACCGGGCGCGGCGGAGCGCGUCGUGGGCGCACGGAGCAGGCGGAUCGCGAGGCGAGCGAGUGGAGGCGUGGGUGCGUGUGCGUUGGCUCGGGUAUAAAGUUGUGGCUGGCAUCGUUGUAAUGGCGUUGGGACAUCGAGUUCGAGCUCGAGGAAUACAGCAAGCCGUUCGCGCGGCGGCGGCGUUCGUGCGCCGAGAAACCCUAGCGUCUACCGUGUCUAUCUCCAUCUUCCUCCUUCCUUCUGCUGGUUCGAGCCACAGGCACGUCGUGAGCGCGAGGUAGAGCGGGAGCGAGCUAGGGUAGACCCUGACAUGACUGUCCUUGGUGUGAUUUGCUGUAUUAUAUCCAGUUCAGAGACGAACCUACCAAUGAAGCCAUGCGUCGAGUGAGGGCUCUGAAAACACCCCUCAUGCAUCGCUCUCCGCCUUGUGUACCAAGUUGCCCAUAGGGUGACCACCUUCACAAAAUCUGCAUGUCAUAAUGAGUUCAUCAAAGAUAAUAGCCAUUGUUUAGCACUUGGUUCCAUUGUCGCUGUUAGCUGAUCCACUAUUGCUUCAACCCCCAAAGCCCAUAUGCAUCUGGACAUUGUGCACUGAAGCAGCGAAUGCUGACAGGAGUCCUCGGCACCGCAUACCCGCACGCGCUUGACGUUGCCAUGUGAUGAUGGUCCCGCACGUCAUUUGUCGGGAGUGAAUGUUUGGCCAGGCGCCACAAGUGUUGGCAAUAACCCACGGCGACCGCGUCGGGUGCGCGUGCGUGCGUGUGCAAGACGCGUCAGGCUCAUGGCGAGCGUGUGUACUUGUGUGAGUUGGUUAGACGGACGCGCGGGAUGUGGCCGAGCCAGGCGCUGGAACCAGCUGCGUUCCGUUGACGUGCAUGCGCGGCGGGCGGCCGAGUCUCCAGGAGAUCGCUACGUGCGCGUAGAGCUCGACAGCGGGCGUUGCGUGGGUGCUGCGUCCAGCUGCAUGCAUGCCCGUGUACAAAUCCCGUUUGUUGUAGCUCGCUGUGCAGGGAGUUGGUGCUUAAGGGAAAACAAUACGCCGUUCGUGCGGCGAGUGGGGCGCCAGGAAAAUACUUCUUGUCUUUGUGCCCUUCUUCUUUCACAAGCAUAUAGAGUGAGAGGGGUAGAGCUCCGAUGAGGAGGGAGAAGGCCGCGGCAACAACAAUUGGUAUAGAGAGCUUCGGUUCAAGAGAUCAUCGGGGAUCAUGGCGCUCGUCCCACACGGCGGCGGCGCGAGCGGAUCGGUGUUGAUGGCGAUGCCGAUGCUCACGUCGGACAACUACACGGUGUGGGCGAUCAGGGCGCAGGCGAUCCUCGACGUCCACACCGUAUGGGAGGCGGUGGCACCGGGCGACGCGGUGGUGAACACCAAGAAGGACAAGGCAGCGCGCGUGAUGCUCCUUGGAACGCUGCCGGAGGACGUGCUGCUGCAGGUGGCGACGAAGCUCACCGCCAAAGAGGUAUGGGACUCCUUGAAGGUGAGGUUCGUCGGCGCCGAUCGUGUCCGCACGGCGAGGUUGGCGACGCUGCGCGGGGACUUUGACCGCCUGAAGAUGACGGACGGCGAGGCGCUGGACGCGUACGCCGGGAGGCUGGCAGGGAUGACGGCGCGGUUCGCGAGCCUAGGAGAGACGUUGGGCGACGCGGUGCUCGUGAAGAAGCUGUUGGACAUCGUCCCGGAUCGGCUGUUCCCCGUCGUCGCCGGCAUCGAGCAGUUUUGCGAUGUGACGACCAUGGCGUUCGACGAGGCAUUCGGACGGCUGCGCGCAUUUGACGAGCGGGUUCAGCGUCGUGGACAAGACGGCGGCGAGCGUGGCGGCGAACAGCUGCUGCUGACGGCGGCGCAGUGGGCAGCACGGGAGGAGGCCGCGGCAACAACAACAAGAACAUUCUAAUUUUCCCUGGUACUUGAACAUUCCAUUGCUUCUUCCUGGAUUCCGAUUCACAAUUUGUGUUUGAUGCUCCAGUUGUCCCCUCCAGCCAUGCCUCUCUCCUCUGCUUGAUAGUUCUCAGCAUUCUGUAAGCGAAUCUAACCGAGAAGAUGACUUUCCUUUCAAAGUUCCAUGCCCAUGUAUCAUGUAUAUUCCUCGUACAAAGAGGAAUGCUCAAUAUCGAUGGUAUAUGAAUGUGCAGAAAUACCUCCCGAAGUCGCUGAAAGUUCCAAGCUGCGGACAUAGCGUCACCAUUAAUGGCGGAUUGUUGGCUAAACAUCCGUAGGGCGUCAUCAUCUCAUUCCGCGGGAUCCAAUUAUCUUUCCACUAGUUAAAUACCCGUGCGUUGUCACGGGACAACAUAACAAUGUUUCUUUCGUUGUAUUUGUCCUGACAGCUAACCAACAAGACAAACUUUGCUAUUCCUUCGUCCUCUUUAUUCUCGGUCCACUCAGGGCCGGCCCUGAGGGGGGGCGGAAGGGGCGGCCGCCCCGGGCCCCCGAGCACGAAGGGGCCCCCGAUGCGUGGGAUGUUUAGCCCAUGUACAGAAUACAGAUCGAUCAGUUAUUGUGGCUUGCCGCAGGCAGCAAAGCAGCAUACGGAACACACAUUCUCCUCGGCCUCUAUCCCUUCUUGCCCUCGAUUUGGUAACGAUUCAGCUAGAUUAACGGCGGAGCACUUGCUUCGUCUAAUUGCGAUUUUGGCUGUUGGCGAGAUUAGCGGAAGAACAUAGUACAUGUUUCCAAAUUCCAAUCUAGCGUCCUGCUCUUCAAAUCAAAUCUCCUCUUUUAUACGAUUCUUCUGAUUGUUCCUUAGUUCGUGAAGGUCGUCCUCGUACUUCUCUCUGUCUCACAGUCUGUUUCCUUUUGUUGAUUGGAUCUGAAAAGAGGAACUCAAAUUUUUGUU